UCCACAUCCGGGGCCCUGUGGCCGCGGCACGGUUGCCAUGGCAGCAGGGCUGCUGGCAGGCCUCCCAUGUUGAGGGCCAAGCUCGCAGCGUCCAGGAGGCCGCGCAGCGCCGCCACUAUGAGUCUGGGCACCGCGGAUCUAGCCUCGGAGACGGGAGAUGACAGCCUGUCUGCAAUUACCUUUGAUUCUGAGUUUGAGACGAAAACAAAAAGAAAAGGUUGCCAGAAACCUCCUUCCACAUCACCAAAAUCACCUUACAACUCCAAGCCCAGAAAAGUGACAUCCUGGCGGUCUCUGAAGACAGGAGGGAGCAUGCCUCUGAGCAGCAGAAUGUCCUUGACCCCACAAAAGCUGUGGCUGGGAACCUCAAAACAUGGAAGUGUGACCCAACCCCUGAGCUCCACGCUUACCUCGGAGCACGCAUGGACCCACCCCCCCAGCUGCACGCCCGACCACCUGACAGAAGCCUUAAGAGCGAAGAGGGCAGACCUCCGGCGUUCUGGCAGCCAUGGUCAUGUCUCUGGAACUUCUGUCUACAGAGAGAAAGAGGACAUGUAUGAUGAGAUCAUCGAGUUGAAGAAGUCCUUACAUAUGCAGAAAAGCGAUGUGGAUCUGAUGAGAACAAAGCUUCGGCGCUUGGAAGAGGAGAACAACAGAAAGGAUCGACAGAUAGAACAGCUCUUGGAUCCAGGUCGAGGCCCAGACUUCGUGCGAACCCUGGCCGAGAAAAGGCCUGACACUGGUUGGGUCAUCACCGGGCUCAAGCAAAGGAUCUUCAGGCUGGAGCAACAGUGCAAGGAAAAGGACAACACUAUCAACAAACUGCAGACGGACAUGAAGACCACCAACCUGGAGGAGAUGCGCAUCGCCAUGGAGACAUACUAUGAGGAGAUCCAUCGUCUGCAGACCCUCCUAGCGAGUACUGACGCCACAGGAAAGAGGCCCAUAGUGGAGAAGAAGCUGGGUAUGAAGAGGCAGAAGAAGAUGAGCAGUGCCCUGCUAAACUUGACCCGGAGUGUGCAGGAGCUGACAGAGGAGAACCAGAGCCUGAAGGAGGACCUGGACCGCAUGCUCAGCAAUUCCCCCACUGUCUCCAAAAUAAAGGGUUAUGUAGACUGGAGCAAGCCCCGGCUGCUGAGACGCAUCGCAGAGUUGGAAAAGAAGGUGAGCUCCUCAGAAAACCCAAAGCUCUCUACUUCAGAGCUGGUCAAGCCGAAUCCCCUGGUCCACUCCUCAUCCAACAUCUCAGUGCAAAAGCAGCCGAAAGGGGACCAGUCCAAAGAGGACCAGCCCAAAGGGGAUCCAUCCGAGGAUGAAGAGCAUCUCCAAGGAGCCGUGAAGAUCCUGAAGGGGGAGCGGAGCGCACUGCAGGCACAGCUGGCGGAGAAAGACGUGGAGAUGAAUAAGCUGCUGCAGGCCAAGAUCGACUUGGAGAAGGAGCUGGAGAUAGCCCGGGAAGGCGAGAAGGAGAGGCGCCAGCAGGAGCAGGCUUUGAGAGAGGAAAUUGAAGCUCUCACCAACAAGUGUCAAGAACUGGAAGAAGCUAAGAGACAAGAGAGAGAGCCUACUGUGGCAUUCACUCAUGAGGCCCACCCAGAGCUCCGAUCUCCAUCACCCUGCAGCAGGCACUCCAAGCCAGACUCCGACAAUGAGCCUUACUCCCCCACCAGUGCUGGCGAGGGGGCUGGCUGCCAGUCCCCCACCCCAUGCUCUGAAGAGAGGAGAGAGGCCGCCGUCAGAACCCUGCAGGCCCGAUGGAAGGCCCACAGGCACAAGAAAAAAAAAGCGGCUUUGGAUGAGGCAGCAACUGUGCUCCAGGCGGCCUUCAGGGGACACCUAGCUCGUUCUAAGCUGUUAUGCAACAAAGCUCUAGACUUCAGGUCUCCGAGCCUGCCUGGCCUUCCCAGCCUUCCCAACCAGCUGCAGAGCUCUCCCACAUCUCGUGUCCCAAGCCCCACCUUCCAGCCUGAAGAUAGCCCAGCACAAGAGGAGGCCAUCACUGUCAUCCAGUCCAUCCUCCGGGGAUACCUGGCCCAGGCCAGGUUCAUUGCCAACUGCUGCAGAGGGCUCGCUGCCUCAGCUCAGAGGGAAGCUGUCUCAACCACACCCUCAGGAUCCGCCUCCCCACCUUCCCUAGCAGCUUCUUCUGAAGCAAUGCGAGUGGGGCUCUGUCCCAAGGAGGAGCCGAGAGAGACCGUUGCAGCUGGACCUGCCUCCUCACAGUCCUCGGUGCCCGACUCCCCCCAGGGUGGCCACUGGGACUGUCCAUCCCCAUUCAGUCUGGACGAUGUACCUCAGUCCAGCAUGACGGAUGUGAUGUGCUUGGAUCUGCUUGGAUGUGAAGAAAGGAGCAGUAGCACCGGAAGUGCUCAGCCAUCCCUGGUGGUGUCCUCUCCCCCAGGACUACAGCCCACAGCGUCACCAACCCCUGAGGAGGAUGUCUGCUCCGACGACUCCGAUGAUAUUAUCUUUUCGCCAUUUCUGCCCAGGAAGAAAAGCCCCUCCCCAUUCUAGGACCCCAGUCAUUGCCUCCAGGUGAGGUGGCUGUGGGGCCAGGUUAGAGGACUCGCUAACUGAAUUUGAGAAGAUGACCUAUCUUGCUAGGGAAAGAGUCCACCUCGGGAACACCUCAACCAUCAGUUUUCUUAUGUAUUGUGCCUGUGCCUUUGAAGGAUCCUGGUGGCUCUACGCUGCUCUCUGGGGAGGGCAUGCGGCCACCUCCCACUUCCAUCUCUGGUUUCAGCCCGUGUGUUUCCAGUGCCCACAGAUAUGUCCACCCCAAAUCAGGGCAGCAGGGAGUCUUGCAAAGUCUGCCACCUGCCCUUGACCUUGGCACUGCCAGCUGCCAUGAGAUGCAGCCUUCCUCAUCUUGUGCUGCUCAGUGCCUUACAGGUCACACAGCUAAGUCUCCUGUCCCCUCAGCAGAACACAGUCAUAUCUAAGCCAGCAAGAAGCUACGGACAUCAGGGUCCCCAGAUGAGCCCCUGUCCCAUGGGCUCCUUGCUCCCCUUUCUCUUACCCCCCACCACCUCCGUCCCCUUGGGAGGAUGAAUUCUUUGAAGAUCACCUGGCAGUGUGACAUGGAGUGGCUCAGCAGGUAUUGAGAGACAGCACGAGGACAGAGCCACAGGUCACCAAGAGAGGAGACGGAGAGCAGGGCCAGGAGCCAGCUCACCAUCCCAGAAGAGACAAGUCUCAGGGAAGAACAAAUUCCAGUGUCGACCUAGGGACAGCCCUGUCACCUGGCACCAGUGCCACCUGGCCCACUCAGCACCAGAAGUUGAGAUCUUGGUCCCAGUUUGUGAAAUUAGCUGUUGUCAGUGGGUGAGAAUGAGGGGUUUGGGGCUUGGGCAGGGUUUUAGGGGUAUCCAUGCUCUGUGUAGCUCAGGUCUGCCGUCCAUGCUUCCCUGUCAUGCCUGUGGGACUGACUGCUGGCUGUCUCCAUAGAUCACUGGGGAUGGGACUUUCUGGCCCCAUGGGACUGGCUUUUUUCUUAGGCAAAACCUAGUGCUAGAAAGUUCCUUCUUGGACUAGACUUGUGGGGACACCAGGUUUGCUGUUAGGGACCAUUUAUUUACUGCUGGCGUCCUCCACAGAACACCUUCCUAAUGCUGCACACAGCAGGCUGGGCAUGGGACCCUCAGGAUGGGAGCUGGGCUUGCGGCCAGAGGCCAGGAAGAUGGAACCCAACUUUGUCGACCUGCCCCAGGACAGGGAAAGGGCCCCUAAUACUGUGAUGGGACCAAGCACACCUGCCUAGCCCUUUUCUCCACCAGGGGGCAAAAAACAACUCAGCCAGGACCCUGGCAGGCUCAGUUUUUUAUGCACUUUGCCUGUGGGCUGUCCGCCAAAUUAGUUUUCUUCCCUGUGUACUGGUAAUUUUACCAACGUGGCAGCCAAGUGGAGCCCUCUGUAGAUCUGCCUCCCUACCACAACUUGGGUGUGUUCCCUGUGAUUGAUGCCACCACUUGAAGCUUCAGUCCAUCCACUCGGGCACAAGAAGGUGACUACAAGUGGCCCCCUCUUGUGCCUGUACCUUCCCCAAGACCAAAGGUCCUUAUGUGGCUGCUCUGUCCUCUCUCUUAUUUAAUAGCAGCCAUUUAUGCAUUGAGUGUUCUGAGCAUGAACAUUCAGGAGUUCUAGGUUGGUGGGGGGCAGGGGUAAAGGGGGGUGUCUUCACCUCGGCUGCCCCCACCUCAGGAAAGGGGGCAGGGUCUGUAGGUGUGAGGCUUAUCUGUGCAGCCAGCCUGGCCAGUGGACAGUGAAGUCAAGAUCAGCCCCUGCACUUGAGUUUUCUGAGAACAUGUCCCUGCAAACAGGAAAGCUACAACCCUCCUGUCCUUUGGUGCAGCAGCUAAUCUAUUAAAGGUAAACCCUGUCUUGAAGCUACCUCAGUAAAUCACGGUGCCUCAAGCCUCUGUCUUUGGCCGGUGUCCUGUGUCCUGUGCUCCCCACCCAGGCCCCAUUGGUACAGCAGGCUGCCCCUGGCUGAUCUGACGCAGAGAGCCCUGGGGGGAGGGGGGGUAACUUCUGUGGGACCUAGGAACAGUGCAGAGAGCUGCUGCUGGCUCCCCAGGAGCAAAUGUGUAGGAUUUCAGCCAGUCAGUCCAGCUUUGGACUUUGCCUGGUCUAUAAGAUAAGCAGACUCCUCGUGCUUGGCUUGCUUUCGGAGGCAUAAGUCCUCCAGCAUGUGGCUGGCCAGCUAGGGCCAUUGGCAAAGCCCAAACUACAGAGACUGUGGGUGGA